AUUGAAUCAUUUCCACAGAUGAAAUAUGAAGAGAUGGAAGCAGAAGACAACGUAUCCACAGUUAUACAAUUUGUACUCCUGGGGUUUCCUGACCUUCCAAACCUCCAGGCGUUACUAUUUGGAGUAUUCUCCAUCAUUUACAUCAUUAUCUUAACUGGAAAUAGUCUCACAAUAAUACUAAGUAGGCUUGACCCAGCUCUGCAGAAACCCAUGUAUUUCUUCCUGGCAAACUUUUUCUCCGUGGAAAUCUGUUAUGUGUCCGUCACUCUCCCUAGGAUUCUGGUGAACCUUUGGACUCAGGACAGAAGAAUAUUUGUCCCGGACUGUGCCACCCAAAUGUGCUUCUUCCUUAUCCUCGGAGCCACUGAGUGCUUCCUCCUGGUGGUGAUGGCCUAUGACCACUGUGUGGCUGUCUGUGGCCCUCUGCACUAUCCCCUGGUCAUGACCCCAAAGGUGUGCCUCCAGCUGGUUGUGGGCUCCUGGGUCAGUGGAAUCCCAGUGCAGAUAGGGCAAAUGUGCCAGAUCUUCUCUCUGCAUUUCUGUCAUUUUAACGAGAUUUACCACUUCUUCUGUGACAUUCCCCCCCCGCCCCCCAUUCUGAAGCUGGCCUGUGGAGACACUUCUGCACACGAGCUGUCAGUCUAUGCAGUAGCUCUGUUGUUUGCUGGUCCCUUUUUGCUGAUCCUUGCCUCUUAUAGCCAAAUCAUUCCCACUAUUCUGAGGUUGCCAAUAGCCAGAGGACAGGCUAAAGCCUUCUCCACGUGUUCUUCUCACCUGCUGGUUGUGGUGUUAUUCUUCAGAUCCGCUGCCAUUACCUACUCAAGACCAAAAUCCAGUCAUUCUGCAGGAACUGACAGACUCCUCUCUCUGUUCUACACCAUAGUGACUCCGAUAUUCAAUCCCAUGAUAUACAGCCUUCAGAACAAGGAUGUGAUUACAGCGCUGAGAAAAUUAUUACUGAAAAAAUAA